AUGACAAUAGUUCCCUCCGAUCUGCAUUUCCUCAGUGAUUUUUUGGAAUGGAAAUCUGAUGAUAUAUUCGCAUCUUUGAAUGACAAGGAAACCGCUCGUAUGAAUGAUAGAUACAGCGUUCCAAAACUCAUGGAAAUCCUCGUCGUUCGUCAUUUUGUAUCUCUACACGGGCCAAACUACCCCGUCAUCUUCAACAUCGAACAGCCAGGUUGGUGUCAAUCAAAUCUCUCGACCGAAAUAGCCACCCAAUUUCAAAAGAAAAUAGAGAACUUCAUGGGAAGGACUACUGAAGAAGGUGCGAGAAGAUUAGUAUUUGCAACUUCAUUUGGCGAAAAAUCUCACGGAAAAUAUAUCGGAAAUGGGGGACUCUUAUCGUCGGUUCAUCACCCUUCCAUGAUACGCACAGAUAGGAAACAGCUUCUUACCUCAAACUACAGGGAGUCGUGUUUUGUGACAAGUCAAGAUGGUGCUGCAGCUGGCGAGAAACUGUGGACUCAGUUGUCCAGCAAGUUGGAGAGAAUUCAACCAAACGUCAUGGAGGGAUUCUAG